AAGAGAUUUCGAGAAAAUCCUUAUUUGUUUGCAAAAUUACAUCGCGCCAAGUAGAACGGCAUUGUGGAAUAUUAGUUUAUGCACAAAUACAGAUAUUUGUAAACUCAUUUCCUCGACCUACAUUAUCUCCUGCAUAUUAAUUAUUUGUUAUUGAGUCAAAAGAUCAUUUGAAUAUGGAUUUGCAGAAUUUAAAAAAAAAUGAAUUGGUUUCAAUCAAAUAACCUGCGUGAAAGUUAGUGCAGUUCAGAAGAGUGGAUUUAGUUGUGCAAAAGUGAUCAAGUGAUAAGGAUUAUGGAUUCACCUCACCUACCAGCGAUCGCUGAAUUCUUUCGUGAUCGCGAAAUUUUCAUUACUGGAGGAACAGGGUUUGUGGGAAAGGCGAUCAUCGAGAAGAUCCUUUACUCCUGUCCGGAAAUAAGUAAGAUUUACCUUCUUGUGCGAUGCAAGAAAGGUGUUGGAGUGUCUGAACGUCUGGAGAAAUUCAAAAGCAAUCAGAUCUUCAAUCGAAUCAGGGAGAAGGAUGCGAAGCUGCUGGAUAAGUUGAUUCCUCUCGCGGGGGAUUCAAUGAGCCUCCAGCUGGGUUUGAGUAAUGAAGAUCUUGCAAAGAUGGAGAAUGUCUCUGUGAUAAUAAAUAGUGCUGCAAGUGUACGAUUCGAUGAACCCCUUCGUGAUGCGAUCUUCAUGAAUACGCGAAGUGCCCGAGAGCUCGUUGUGAUUGCGGAGAAGCUGAAGAAUCUCAAAGUUCUCGUUCACAUCUCCACAACUUACUGCAAUCCUGGGUAUGAAGUGAUCGAGGAGAAAAUUUAUCCACCUCUGGCUGAUUGGCGUCAAACGAUUAAACUUGCUGAGAAUAUGGAUGGAGAUACAUUGGAGAUCCUCGCGGCAAAGUACAUGGACUUCCAGCCAAACACUUACACCUUCACGAAGAGCCUGGCCGAGCAGAUAAUGAAGGAAAACUCUGAUAGGCUUCCCAUUAUCAUCUUCCGGCCGUCAAUUAUCUCUCCAUCCGUCAAGGAGCCUUUCACUGGGUGGGUGGAUAAUUUCAAUGGGGUCACGGGAAUUCUCGCUGCAGGGGGAUCAGGCUUAGCAAGGGUUCUAUAUGGAUGUAAAACUGUUUUAAACAACUUCCAACCACUCGAUGUGUGUGUCAGAUCUCUCCUCGUGGCCACAUGGAAGCGUGGCUUGGGCAUUACAAGCCAAAUGACCAUCUACAAUUGUGCCUGUAGCAAGGAGAAGGAGCUAAAGAGUGAAGAUCUCUUCCAUCAUUGCUACACCAUUGCCUCAGAUAUUCCUCUCGAUGAAAUGGUUUGGUUUCCCAAUGCUACAAUAACUGCCUGCUAUGUCUUCUACAAGAUCACCCUCAUUCUCUUCCAAGUAAUCCCGGGAAUUUUCUUUGAUUUGAUAUUUAGAAUCAUUAGGAAGAAACCCAUUGCUCUGAGCAUUAUGCGAAAGUUCCAUUUUGCCUCUUCGUCUCUGUCGUAUUUUAUGUUCAGAGAUUGGUUCUUUGUCAAUGAUAAUUGCUUCAAUCUCAUGAAUGACAUCAAGUACGAAGAUAUGGAAGAGUUUGGAUUUGAUUUCUACGAGGGAAUGGAGAUGAAGGAGUACAUGUAUCAGUCAAGUAUGGGUGGGAGGAGAUUUCUCAUGAGGCAAAAGGAUGAGGAUUUACCGCGAGCCAGAAGGAAUUAUCGGAUUUUCUGGUUUCUCGAUCGGGCACUCAAAACUGUUUUCUGGUUGGGAGUUUUGUGGUUUCUUGUUGUGCGGUAUGAUGUUCUAAAUUUUAAUUUUAAACGCUCUCUUCUGGGUUAA